AGUGACAGGCAGAUUUCACAAGCUGCAAAGACAGGCAGAGGCGGAGGGCACCUGGUGUUUGACUCUGUGAAGAAAAUUAGUUUGGGACUACAACUAGUAUGGCUGCUUGGGAUCUGUCUGUGACAGUGGAGGAACUUGGCCCAGAGGCCCCACCCUUCAAAGUUAGCGUGACCUCAGACCUGCAUAUUGGUGGUGUCAUUCUCAAAAUUGUGGAGAAGACACAGAUAAAGAAGGAUUGGUCAGACCAUGCCCUGUGGUGGGAGCAGAAGCAGCAGUGGCUGCUCCGGCCAUCCUGGACCCUUGAGAAGUAUGAAAUCCAUGCCGACGCUCGCCUGAGCCUCACCCCCCAGCACAAGACCCUGAGACUGGGCCUACCCAACGGGACCACCCUGAGGCUUCAGGCAUGCUUCUCUCGUCCAGUCUUCCAAACGGUCAUGGGGAUCUGUCGUCUGCUGAACCUGCGUCACCCAGAGGAGCUGUCGUUGUUACGGCCAGUGGAGGUGAAGAAAAAGAAAAAAGACAAGGAGGCAGAAGAGGAAGUAGUAUAUGAUCUAACAGGCCUUCAGAUCUCAUCAGGUUCAGCUCACACCCUCUCCAAUGGCAUGCCUGUGCACUUUGCUGACUCACCGCAGACUGAGGCUGUGUAUAAGAUGUUGUCUGUCAGCCUACCUGCACCUGCUCCUGAGACUAUCACCAAGAUGCCCCGUCCCACCAGCAUUGUGGACAAGGCACAAGUUCACAGCAGAUGGCUGGAUUCGUCUCGUUCUCUGCUCCAACAGGGAGUGCAGGAGCAUGACAGGCUGCUGCUACGCUUCAAAUACUACUGCUUCCAUGACCUGGAUCCCAAGUAUGAUGCGGUCCGUCUGACCCAGCUGUAUGAGCAGGCUCGCUGGGCCAUCUUGCUGGAGGAUGUUGACUGCACAGAGGAAGAGAUGAUGCUCUUUGCUGCCCUUCAGUACCACAUUGGUAAGGUGUCUCUGUCAGAGCCCCAGCCGAUGACAUCAUGUCCUGCCAUGGAUGACCUUGACUCUGCCCUUCAGUGUUUGGAGGUGAAGAUGGAAGCGGACGAGAGCAGCACAGUGGACAUGCUGGAAACAAUGACGGCAGCACCAGAGCUGCAUGACUACUUGAAAAUCUUCAGACCAAAGAGACUGACCCUAAAGGGCUAUAAACAGUUCUGGUUCGCGUUCAACAACACAUCCAUCUCCUACUACAAGAGCAAAGAGGAGAGCCUCAAGGAGCCCAUUCAGCAGAUGAACCUCAAAGGCUGUGAGGUGGCCCCAGACGUUAGUGUGGCUGGUCAGAAGUUCUGCAUCAGGCUGCUGAUCCCUGGGGCUGAGGGCAUGAACGAAGUCUACCUACGCUGUGAGAAUGAGCUGCAGUACAGCAGGUGGAUGGCAGCUUGCCGUUUAGCCUCCAAAGGGAAGACACUAGCAGACAGCUCUUUCUCUAGUGAGGUGCAGAAUAUCCAGUCCUUCCUGGCCAUGCAGCGAACCACCCCCGGGGCCAAUACUGCUCAGACUGAUGACAGCAUCAACACACACAGCCUUGUAUCUCCACGCUACCACAAAAAGUACAAGGCCAAACAGCUAACUCCUCGCAUCCUGGAAGCAUAUCAGAAUGUGGCCCAGCUCCCACUAACAGAUGCCCUCCUCAGGUUUCUUCAAAUCUGGCAGGCUCUACCUGACUUUGGGGUGUCUUAUUUUGUGGUGAGGUUUAAGGGAUGCCGUAAAGAUGAAGUUCUUGGGGUCACCAACAACCGUCUCAUCCGCAUUGACCUCAGCAUAGGAGAUGUGGUGAAGACAUGGAGAUACAACACCAUGAGGCAGUGGAAUGUCAACUGGGAUAUUCAACAGAUGGCCAUUGAGUUCAAUGGCAAUGUGAACAUUGCCUUCAGCUGUGUGACAGCUACCUGCAAGAUUGUGCAUGAGUACAUUGGGGGCUACAUCUUCAUGGCCACACGCACCAAAGAGCAGGCAGAGGUGUUAAACCAGGAGCUCUUCUUCAAGCUGACUGGUGGUCAUGAAGCCAUCUAAACAUUCAUGAAUAUCUGGAUCUCAGAAUGCACCUUUAUGGUUUUAUGGUACAUGGACAUGCAGUAUUAGAACCAAUCAAAUAGGUUGUCAAGAGUCACCAAGACAUUCAAUGGGAAAGUGGUCAGUUGAACAAGUUCUACAUAGGCUACCAUUUCCAUGACUCAGAACUGUAUUGUUAUUACUCAACCAUACAAUAUGUUUUACUGACGUUAUAAAAGUCAAUUUCGUUUUUAAA